AUGCUCGGUUGCCUUGCAAAUGAAUUCGCCCUACAUGCUUUGCAAGAAAUUGGGAUUGUCGCCUGCAAAGCUGCUCUUGUAGUGCCACUAUGCACAGGUAUGGCUUUAUCCCUGUGCAUGGGAGCAUGGCGGAAGUCUAGGCCGACAGCAAAGUACGUCGUGUGGCUUCGUGUCGACCAGAAGUCUUGCUUCAAAUCGAUCUUACAUGCAGGUCAGUUUCCAGAUGCCUUUUGCGGUGCUCGUCAAAGCAUUCUUUGCGUGAUGUCCACAACGUCGUGUUUCGCUCCGCGCAGUCCGGACUCGUUAGAGGCUAUCUCCGGCAUCUGCCAGAUUUACAACGUACCGCAUCUUGUGAACAAUGCGUAUGGUCUUCAAAGUGAGGAGUGUGUGAGAAGAAUUAAUGCGGGCCGUGAGACUGGAAGAAUUGACGCUUUCGUGCAGUCUCUUGAUAAGAAUUUUCAGUGCACUAUCACAAAGGUUCCCGUGGGAGGUGCUAUUAUCGCAACGUUCAAGCAAAGCGCCAUAUUGCCUAUUGCACAAUUUUAUCCUGGUAGGUUAUUCCUCAAAAUGAAGAAGCGGUUGAUCUCCUUUGCAAAUGAGAUUGGAGAGUGUGUCUACGAAGUCGAUGAUAAUCUAAUCAGCCUAGCCCUCACGCUUUCAUCUAUCCCGAAAGAGAAGCAAACAUUGUUUGGCUCAAUUCUUUUCAACCGCGGUGUUUCUGGCGCGCGAUUAUUCCUCAAAAUGAAGAAGCGGUUGAUCUCUUUUGCAAAUGAGAUUGGAGAGUGUGUGUACGAAGUCGACGAUAAUCUAAUCAGCCUAGCCCUCACGCUUUCAUCUAUCCCGAAAGAGAAGCAAACAUUAUUUGGCUCAAUUCUUUUCAACCGCGGUGUUUCUGGCGCGCGAGUAGUACCGUCGACUACGAGUUUAACAAGCAUUGAAGAUUACGAAUUUAUGAACUUUGGCUCACAUUCCAAUGAACAGCAUGGCGGCUACUUGAACAUAGCAUGCGGAGUAGGUAUGUCUGAAGCAGAACUUGAUGAGUUGUUCAGCCGGUUGACGACAACGUAUAAGAAAUUUUCUCGGCAAAAUGGUAUUUUUGUUCCGCGAAAUGAUUUCCAGAAUUAUGCUGACAGCGACGAUUGA